AUGGCUUCCAGCCGUGAGAGCGUUCCUCACGUCGUCGUAAUUCCUCUUCCAACACAAGGUCAUGUAUCUCCACUCAUGCAUCUCUCCCAAGCUCUCGCCUCGAGAGGCUUCGUCAUUACUUUUAUCAACACAGAGGCCAAUCAGGAGUGUAUGAAGAACACCUUGGAGGACGGCCAUGGCCUAGACAUUCGUUUUGAGAGCGUUCCGGGCAUCCAAGGAACUGGUAUUGACUUAUCUCAUGACGAAGGCCGGCUCAUCUUUACUCAAGGCUUGAUCAACAUGGAAGGGCCAGUCGAGAAGCUGCUCAAGGACAAGCUAGUCAGCGCAGAUCCCCCAAUAUCGUGCUUGAUCUCCGACAUGCUCUUCAGGUGGCCGGAAGGUGUUGCCAGGAGAAUUGGAGUUCCAAAUUUUAUCUUCUGGUGCGCAAGUGCCUCUUGUAUUCUGCUCGAGUGCUCCGUUCCUCAGAUGUUCGAGAAGGGAGACAUACCUGUCAGAGUGCCGCUAUGGGGCCUUCCUUGUGAACUAUCUUUCAGCGACGAUCCUGGUUUUACUCGCAGGUACAACAGAAUAAACCACGUCGCGACAGUGUCGGGGGUUUUGGUAAACUCUUUCGAGGAACUCGAGGGCAGUGGUGCAUUCCAGGCGCUGAGAGAGAUCAAUCCAAACACGGUAGCAGUGGGACCAGUGUUUCUUUCUUCGCUAGCAGACAACGCGAGCCUCUGGAAGGAAGACACAGAAUGCCUGACAUGGCUCAACGAGCAGAAGCCACAGUCGGUUCUCUACAUAUCCUUCGGCAGCCUCGGGACGCUCGACUUGGAACAGCUUAAAGAAAUACUAGCAGGAUUGGAGGAGCUCCAGAGGCCGUUUAUAUUAGCCAUUCGUCCCAAGUCGGUCCCAGGCAUGGAGCCCGAGUUCCUGAAGGCUUUCAAGGAGAGAGUGAUCAGCUUUGGACUGGUUGUGAGCUGGGCUCCUCAGCUGAAAAUCCUCCGGCAUCCUUCCACAGGUGGAUACUUGAGUCACUGCGGCUGGAACUCUAUUCUCGAGAGCGUAUCUUCGGCGGUGCCAAUCCUUUGCUGGCCGUGCGUUGCCGAGCAGAAUCUCAACUGCAAGCUUAUAGUGGAGGACUGGAAGAUCGGUCUUAAGUUCUCGCGCGUGAGAGAUCCUCGCAAGGUGGUGGCCAGGGACGAGUUUGUGGAGGUGGUGGAGCAACUCAUGGGAGCCGAGAGUGGCGAUUCCUUUAGACGUAAUGUGAAGGAGCUCAGCAAGGCGGCUCAGCGAGCAGCAGUGAAAGGAGGAUCGUCAUAUGAAAGUUUGGACAAGUUCGUCAAAGCUGUGGAAGUUUUAUAA